AGUUCACUCACACAAACCUCUCCUUAAAUAAGGCCCACCCAAUAUCUAGUAUUGUCCAUUGAUCUUCCUCUUCCCAUUUCCCAAUCUCCAGUUCAUAAAUCAUGGGUGUAACCGGUUUCAGCUUCGAGUUCCCGUCCCCGGUCGCCCCAGCUCGGAUCUUCAAGGCCUCAGUCCUUGACAUCCACAACCUGGCCCCAAAGAUCAUGCCUGAGGUCGUCUCGAGCGCCUGCCUCCUCCAAGGCGAUGGUGGGGUCGGAAGCGUCAAGCAUUUCAAGUUCACCGACGCGAUCCCGUACACCCACGUGAAUGAACGUGUGGAUCUGCUCGACAAAGACAACUUCGAGUACAAGUACACAGUCACCGACGGUGCGGAUGUCGGAUCAAAGCUCAUCUCGGCCGUUUAUCAUGUUAAGUUCGAGACCGCAAGCAACGGUGGAUCUGUGUGCAAGGUGACCGCGGAGUACCAUACUGCCAGUGGAGUGGAAUACACUGAAGAGGAGCUGAACGUGGGAAAGGAAGGAGUGAAGGGGAUGUUUAAGGGUGUGGAAGAGUAUCUGUUAAAGAAUGGUGAAGCCUAUGCCUAGAAAUCAUGAAGUUGAUAGGGUUUUGGGUUUGUGGGGUGUUUCUAUCAUAAAUGAGGGUGUCGUUUUUCACUUUUUCUGUGGUGCACUUACCUCAAUCUAGUAAUAAAGAAAAAGGUAAAAAGGUAAUUUAAUACAUAUGAUGUGGUGUUUAUGA